UCUCUCUACAGAUAGGGCUUUCUGUGGCCAAAUAGGCUUAGAAUCAUUUCUAUGGCAACUGCAAAUCAUAAUCAAGGAGUAAGGUCUUCAUCAGUGCGCGAUUCAGCCUGCCCCCUUGACAAUACAACAAAACCAGAGCAACAAGUGACGGGCAGGCAGAGCCCCUGCUUGUUUCACAAAUUGAAAGUAGUCGGAGCAGGUAGAGCACGAGGCAAUAUUCAAUAAGCAGAACAUUUACACAGUGGAUUUCAAGUACUACAGUUCUGUCGCUUAUUUACUCAGGUGUGAAGGUGUAAAGACAGUUGGGCCAUUCCAAGGAAACCGUAAUCCAGACCAUGGCCCUAGCAUCGUGGUUCAGGUGGAAUGAGCCCUACUACAGGCACACCCAGAGGAGCCCUGCGGACAUGGUGACCGAGAUGCUGAUGCUGGAGCUCAGCUGGCAGAUCAAACAGGCUGAGAAGCUGCAACGGGAGCGAGACAAUGAGUACCGCAGGAUCAAAACUGGAGUCGAUUACAGCUGGCUGGUCAGCUAUCCCAAGAACAGUUAUAACAUCCCACCAGGGGAGAGACUGGAGCUGGAGAAUGCAUGUGCUAAGAUAUACCCCUCUUACUGCGGCCCAGUGAUACUCAGGUUCCGGCAACUUGUGACAGAGUAUGAGCCUGAAGUCCAGGAGGUGUCACAGCUCUUCCGCACCGUUCUUCAGGAUUCUAUGGAAAAGUUGAAGGAGGAGGAAGAGGCUAAGAGGCUGGCCAGGCAGUGGAACAGUAAGCGGUCAAUGAGCCUGUCCUUAAUGACUUUCAAAUCCAGAGUGAGGAUAUACCCAUUCAGCAGUGACAUCAUCAAGACAGUUUCCGAGGAUGUGGAGAGGGGCACAAGUGAGCCGCACAAGAGAGUAUGGAGCAUGCCGGAAUUUAAGCACUCAAAGGGGUUUUGAUGGACAUUGACAUAUCUCCUUUAUGGCAUACCUGCUAGCCGUAAAACUCCUUCACCUGCCUCUCUGUAGCUUUAGUACUUUAUCCAGUACCUUAAAAAUUAUAUUUGAUAUACUGUGUCUAUAUGAUCAUCUUCUUAAGAACCACUUGGUGUUAAGUUGUUCUUUUCCUACUUAGUAAGCAGACACAGACAUUUAAAUAUCCCUUCCCCUAAAUGACUAUGAAUUAAGGAAUCUCCAUUGAUACAGCCAAUUUUUUUUCCUAAAUCAGAACUGCAUGUCAAUGCAUUUCCUGAAUAGUACGGCAAACAGGUUGUGAGGAAAACUGUCAUGACUUGUGCAUGUAAACACCACCUAUUAAAAAUAGCUGUAAAAACCCAUGUAAACCGGAGCAGGAAUCAUGCUUGUGGCUCACAAGAUUUCAGCAGUCAAAAUCCCGUUCUUCUGACUUAAUCUCACGUAAUCUCCCGCAGAAAGGCCGUACAAAACAUAGACACCCUCCACACACACACACACACACACUGUACAUUUAUGGACUACUUCAACACUAGAACCGCCGCAGUUAUACUCAUACCUGCCGACGGCAGUCAUUAUCAUGGUACAUUUUAAACAUCAUCAAUAUUAAAAUGAAAGACAAACUAUCGGAUAAAGUUUUAUUCAAGCACAUCAUAUCAAACAUCUGCACAGCCGAAACGCUGUAUUUAAAUGAACAAUUAAACAUAGUUUAUUUUCUAACUUACCACAUAUAAAGCACUACCUUAAAAAAAAAUGAAAAACUAUAAUAAAAUAAACAUUUCAAAAGAAACUAGUGUGUUAACAGGUAUAUGCACAUACAAAACUGUAAAAACAAGUCGUUUUUAAUCUAAAACGAAAGUAUCAUAUGAUUUAUCCUGCGUGUGUGUCACUCGCAGCACAGAAUCCAGGUUGAGCUGCUGCAGCCUGCUGCUUUGCAGUUUUCUGAUUGAAAUGUUUCUGCUGAAGCGCUGUGGCUAGCUUCAAGAUGAAAUCUCUCCUACCUUGUACAAAACGAAGGAAUUGAUGGCUGCCAGGUCCAGUAGAGAUAACAACAGGCUUGUGUGUGUGUGUGUAUAUAUAUAUAUAUAUAUAUAUAUAUAUAUAUAUAUAUAUAUAUAUAUAUAUAUAAAUGGAUAUUAUAGGUUAUAUACAAAAUAAACACAUGUAUUGUAAAAGGCGGUUCUAGUGUUAAUGAAAUGUAACUUUUAGAUGUUCCACAAAACACACACACACACACAAAUAUAAAUUCUAAGUAGUAAAACUUGUCAAAAUGAUAUUUUAUAUAAUUUUGUGUGUGUUGGAAUGGUAACCAGACAAACAAGUAGGCCUGACUAAUCCGCGGCGUAAUUCAGAAUGUGCGCGACAACACGUCAAUUAAUUUCUCUUGUUAAAUGUUUUUAUCUUCAUGGCAACGCAUGAAGCUCUCCUCACGAUAUUCAGAGUUGUUCUUUUCCUACUUAGUAAGCAGACACAGACAUUUAAAUAUCCCUUCCCCUAAAUGACUAUGAAUUAAGGAAUCUCCAUUGAUACAGCCGAUUUUUUUUCCUAAAUCAGAACUGCAUGUCAAUGCAUUUCCUGAAAAGUACGGCAAACAGGUUGUGAGGAAAACUGUCAUGACUUGUGCAUGUAAACACCACCAUUGUCACAUGGGCAGAUUAAGGCAUAUACAACGACAGUGGGAAACCUUUGACUUUUGAACUCCAGGUCAAGGUCAUCGAAUACCAAGCCGGUUCUCUCUUUUUGACUUUUUCAUGAUAGCAGUAAAACCGAUGAUCGGAUUUGAAUAAUUUAUUUUAGAAUUAAACAGCUAAGAGGAACUUGUUCCUUUUACUUUUAAAAUAAAUCUGUUAUUUGCAAAUAGGUCAAAAUAGCCUCUGUUCUGGCCUCUCUCAAAGUACCACUGAUCCAACAAUGACAUAUAUUGGACAGGGGUUCAUUGUGCAAACAUUUAGUAUUUUAUUUAGUAGAUGUUAGGGGGUUUAUCACCACAUUUAACAAAUUAUAAUCACUUUUUGAAAUUGGUUAAUUACCGUAGAUUUCUGAGGCAACUACAAAAAUUAAACUAAGACUAAAAAAUUGCAAGAAAAAGCAAUGGCCAUCUUGUAGUGCUUUUGUGGUAAAUUAUUUUUUGAACAGCAUUUUCAAUAUUUGUUUUGCAGGUUUAUAAACUAUAUAAAAUGAAUGUAAAUAUUUGUUUCUCACUGAUUGCUUACAUAUGUUUAUAUAACAUGCAUAAUAAUUCUAGGAGAGUUGUAACAUUUUGUAGUCUGAAUUAUUAUUAUUAUUAUUACUAUUUUUAUUAAUACAGAGUUUUGUAUGGUCAAUUCUCAGUCUUGGUGUAAUAAUAAUAAUAUACAAUGCAGUUAACUGUACAGUAAAAUACAUUUCAAUAAAGAAAAACAAUAUAUAAUAAUUGAGUGCUGGGACUACUAUCCAAAAAAACCCACCUUUUUACAUGUAUUUGAAGGGGAACAAAAAAUGUCUGUGUCAGUCAUAAAUGACACAGUUGACAAAUGAGAAAUACACAUCACAACCUGUUUUGCCUUGCACCAAUUUACACAGCCACUCUUGUUCCCAUUUAUUAUUAUUAUUAUUAUUAUUUAUUUCUUAGCAGACGCCCUUAUCCAGGGCGACUUACAAUUGUUACAAGAUAUCACAUUAUACAUUAUUUCACAUUAUACAGAUAUCACAUUAUUUUUUUUUUUUUUACAUACAACUACCCAUUUAUACAAUUGGGUUUUUACUGGAGCAAUCUAGGUAAAGUACCUUGCUCAAGGGUACAACAGCAGUGUCCCCCACUGGGGAUUGAACCCACAACCCUCUGGUCAAGAGUCCAGAGCCCUAACCACUACUCCACACUGCUGCCACUUACUUCUUCUGGCUGUCAAAACGAGUCCAGAUUAGGCUGCGCACGCAUCACUAGCUACCAAACAGUGACCUCUACACACGUGAAGUUGCAAUUGCUGGGAUUAUUAAAAAAUAUGCAUUGUCGACUUUGUUUUUACCUGAAAUGCACACAAGAUAUUUUUAACUGUAACGAAUGUAUGGCAUCCUUUGGUAAAGUAAGGCCUUUCUUACUUCUAGGAUAUUUUUCAACUUUAACAGUGUUGCAUAUAAUUAUUUUGAUGUUUUGCAAAUCAGCCAAUUCAAAUACAUGUCUGAAUCCUGAACAGAUAUCUGAACAUGAAAAUACCACGUUCGUUCUAGCAGUACAAUAAAUAUGUUCUAUGGAUAGAAUCAGUGUUCUAUAAAGUACAGUAUCUAGUAUGCCUUAUGUUUAUUUUUGUUCAUUCAAAUGGUUAAACUGAAUAAUUCAGGAAAGAUUUUUUUAAAUGUGAAAGGCAGGAAAUAAUGGAGCUGCUCUAGAACCUCAGCUCCGGAGCGCUCCAGUGACCCAGCUCCAGCUCCGCCAUGGCUCUAGCAUCCCGAGUUCCAGCUCCGCCCCGGCUC